GCACCAAAAAAUGCUGUAAUAUACCGAAUAUUUCAAUCUUUGGACAGCGAUCAAGCAAAAACGUAUGGCUUAUGCAAUGUACACUACGCAAGAUUUGUUCGACCAAGAAGCGAGUAGUUCCCCAAUUGCGCUCAGUUCUUCGGCCGAGAUGUGCUGAGAGCUAGUUUUUAUGAUAUCUUGGAGCUUGGUUAGUUAUCCUUUCUCCGCUGACACGAGUUCGUUCGUUACCGCGUAAUUGACGAACGAGCUGCAGGGUUCCAGAGGUGGAUGUCAGCCAAUGACAUCCCCAGGGGUUUUUUCGUCGGUCUUCCCAUGGCUGGCUGCAUCUUGCAUUUCCAUCCCACUUCUUAUGAACGCAUUGAAAAUUAUCUUCCUGUCGGAUUUCUCAGUGAUACCGCUUCUCCUUAUCGGCAACGACUUUCGGGGUAACGAGGCGCCCGGCACAACCUUUCUGGCCUUUCACAGCGAGGCCGACAAAUGCCAUCAUCAACCGCCAACGGAAGAGAGUGGGCAAGUUCGUCUGUCGUUAUUGACGCCCGACCAACCAGAGAGGCGCGAGCGACCGGUCAAUGCAUGUAGAGCCAUCCUCGAGAACACUCAGCGUUCUGUCUUGCAAGCACAGAGACAACGCAAUGGCGGGGCUCGGCUGGAGUUUUGGCUUGGCGUUGGUGCGGCUUGCCUCCCCGGCGUCGCCGUCCGCCGUUCUCGCUCGCUCGGCGUCGCACCGGGCACCACAGCGCGCCGUUCGGCCUUUCGCGAUCUUGGGCCGUCAGGAACUCGAUUGACACGUGCAGAUCCGAUCGGACAGCAACCAACCGACAACGAAACUCCGACGACGACGACGCCGCCGGUUCUGUGCCGAAACAUCUCGAUAACCAGGGCACGACCCAUAACCACCUUCUCCAAUCGCCCUCUCCAACCGCAAUCCCUCCGCCAUCAGCCACCCUCAACCCCCAAACUCCCAGCUCCGAUCCGCACCUACCACUCCCACGACCACCCCGCUCCCCCGGGCCCCUUCACACCCGCCGAAGCCGCUCUUCUCGCGGCCGCCUACGCCCACGUCCCCUCCCACGGAUUCACACCCGAAUCCCUCGCUCUAGGCGCCCGCGAUACCGGCCUGCUAGAUAUCAGCCCGUCCAUCCUGCCCGACGGCGUGUUCAGCCUGAUCCACUGGCACCUCUACGCCCAGCGCACAUCCCUAGCGGGCAAGACGAAAGAUGCCGUAGCGGAAGGGGGGGCCUCGACGGUCGGGGAGCGGGUCGAGGCGCUGACAUGGGCGCGGCUUAGGGGGAACGUAGAGAGCGGCAUCGUUGGCCGGUGGCAGGAAGCACUCGCGAUAAUGGCCCAGCCCUCAUACAUACCAGCCUCGGCCAAGGAGCUCGCCCAGCUCGCCGACGAGAUCCUGUACCUGGCGGGCGACGUGUCGGUGGACCCGACGUGGUACACCAAGCGGGCGUCGCUGUCGGCCAUCUACGUGGCGGCCGAGCUGUUCCAGACGACGGACCAGUCGCCCGAGUGCCGCGAGACGCGGGCGUUCCUCCGGCGCCGGCUCGACGAGGCCGCACGCGCGGGCGGCGCGGUGCGGUCCAUCGGGGAAUGGGUGGGGUUCAACGCCAGCGCGGCGGUAAAUGUGCUGCGGAGUAAGGGGGUGAGGAUAUAA